GAAGAUGACGCACUAUUGACGCGCGCUUCGUGUUUGGAUACGCAUGACGUUCUAUGAACGUAGAAUAGUUUUAUCGCCAGAAUUAUUCUUAACAGCUUAACUAAGUUUAUAUAAAUUAGGGUGAUAUUUGAGGUCAUUCAUUAAAAGCAACAACCUCGAGUUAUGUUGUAUAAAGUGUAAAUCUAGUUCAGAGAUCCCAAGCGCACUCUGUGUGAACAUGCUGCUGCUGUAUAACGUUAGGUAGAUUUGAGUGAGACAUUCAGAAGCGCGAGCAAUGAUGCUACAGGAUCCAGCAGGUGUUAUUAUUGUGUUUGUGUUAUAGAAGAUCGGCAAUGCUGAAGCCCACAGCAGCUAACGUUAAUGCAUUAAAGGAAAGCUAAUGUAAGCACAUGUACAGACGGACAACUAGGUUUCAUCUUGUCUAAAAUGGCAACGGAUGACUUGCUUGCGAAGAGGGAAAAAAUCCAGAGGGAGAUUUUGGCUCUUGAGAGUUCUCUGGGUGCAGACAGCAGCAUCAUAGACAUACUGUCAUCUGACAGCGAUGAUGAAUCUGAUGACAGUGGACCUGCGACUGAAGGAUUGCCUGAUGACUUGGAGACAGAGCGGCUGCGGAUUCAGAGGGAGAUUGAAGAGUUAGAGAAUACACUUGGUGCUAAUGCUGCACUCGCUGGCGUAUUGGAGGACAGUGAACAUGGAUCUGAUUCUAGUGAUGAAGACAGUGAUGAUGAUGAUGAUGAGUUGAAUCUCCCGCAAAAUGUGGAGACUUGUCUGCAAAUGAAUUUGGUCUAUCAGGAGGUGCUAAAAGAGAAACUAUCUGAGCUGGAACAGCUCCUCAAAGAGAAUCGACAGCAGCAGAAAGAGGUUGAGGCCCAGCUCUCUGGCCCGAGCACUUCUGUCUCCUCUGUACUAGGACUUCCCCCUCAGAAACUCUAUCUUGGAUACUUCAUGAAGCCUUACUUCAAAGACAAACUCACUGGUCUGGGCCCUCCAGCAAAUCCAGAAACGAAAGAGAGGCUGAGUCAUGGUACCAGACCCAUUGAUGAGCUGAAAAUAAGAAGAUGGGAGGGUUGGCAGAAGACUUUGCUGACUAACGGAGUCGCCAAAGACAUUCUGAAAAGGAUGCUACAACCCAAACUAUCCAAGCUGGACUAUUUGAGUGCCAAGAUGUCUAGAGCUGGGGAUGAGGAAAAAGAGCAGUUGAAAAAACAAAUGGAAUUAAUUGAGAAAGAUAUUGCAGAAAUAAGCACCCUGAAAGAUGAUCAGCUGGUGGGCAAUCGCCAUGAUGAUCAUGACUGGGAGAAAAUAUCAAAUAUUGACUUUGAAGGUUUGCGACAGGCUGAGGAUUUGAAAAGGUUCUGGCAGAACUAUUUGCACCCCUCCAUUAACAAGUCUGUGUGGAAAAAGGAUGAGAUUGAUAAACUGAAAGGAAUUGUAGAGGAAUACAAUUGCUGCCAUUGGGACAAAAUCGCAGAGGCUCUUGGGACGAACAGGACGGCUUUCAUGUGCUUCCAGACUUAUCAGCGCUACAUUUCAAAGACCUUCAAAAGGAAAGAGUGGACACCGGAAGAAGACCAGGUCCUCCGAGACCUUGUUGAGAAAAUGAGAAUCGGCAACUUCAUUCCUUACAUACAGAUGUCGUAUUUCAUGCCGGGCCGUGAUGGAUCACAGCUGGCAUAUCGCUGGACGUCUGUUCUGGAUCCCUCUAUAAAGAAAGGUCCCUGGUCUAAAGAGGAGGACCAGUUAUUGCGGAAUGCUGUCGCAAAAUAUGGCCCUAAAGAAUGGGGGAAAAUCAAAAUGGAAGUGCCAGGCAGGACCGACGGUGCUUGUCGUGACAGGUAUUUGGAUUGUCUUCAGGAGAAUGUGAAAAAGGGGCCUUGGAGCGAAGAGGAGGUAGAACUACUAAAAAAACUGGUUGAGAAAUAUGGUGUUGGCAAGUGGAGUAAGAUUGCCUCAGAGAUCCCAAACCGGGUUGACUGCCAGUGCCUGAACAAGUGGAAAUUACUGACAAAAGCUUGUCAAAAUAAAGGCAUAAAAAGGAAGCCAACAACAAUACAACAAAAAGCAAAAAGACGAAAAGUUUUGAGAAAAAAAAAUAAAAAAGAGAUGGGAACCUCCUCCAGCUCUGAGGAUGAAAAAAAGUUAAAGUAUAUGGACAGUGAUGCUGAAUCAGACGUACCCUUAGUUGAAGCAAUGGAAAUACCACAAAAGGACUAUGUACAGACAGAUAUGAAGAAAUGGAUACCUGCAAAUGCAAACUUACUGGUUGUUUCUCAAGAAACUCUCAGGACAGUAUGGGUGCGUCUUCCCACCAAUGAGGAGGAGCUACAGUAUGCCACUAAAGAAUCAGAAUUAGGCCGCAAUCGAUCAGAGAAGAGCAAGUGUUCGAAAGUCAGGCCCGUUUUGGUGCGCAACACCGUUCUGAACCGCUUCGGAAACAUUGAAAGAACUUAUGUGGGUAUGAAUCCUGUUGUCCUGCAAAGCCAGACUGACGAUGAGAAGGCCAUGAUCAAGGUGGCAGAGAGUGAUUUUAGACUCUUCGUGCAGUGCAAGGGAACAUCUGUAAUAAAGAAAGUAAAAAGUCCAGCAGAUAAAAAGAAAGUCCAGGAAAAUCCAGGAAUUAAAAAAAGAAGGCUGGUUCAGGACAUGCUCAGCCUUAAAAAUGACCUCCUGAAAGCUAUCACCCCAUGGAUUGGUAAUGUGAUCAUGCCUCUCCCAGUGAAAGAAAAUACACUUUGCGAAGGUGAUAUUGUUGGAAAAAAAGCAGAAGACAUCCCUCUUCCUAAGACAUCAAUGCUUAUAUUUUUUAUCAAAGCUUUUCACAUAGAUGUCGUGGGUUGCAGAAAUGUCAUUGAAAUUCAGCAAGAGAAAGGCAUUAAGGAGCCUAUUUCUGGAUGUAACCCGACAACAGUUUAUUUAGGUCCUCCUAAAACAGUGGCAGUGAUGCUUCAGGAAGGAAAGAAGAAAGCUGAACACAAGAAACCUGCAGAACCUCCUCAACAUCCACCUCCCCUGCAGCCAGUUCAUCAUCUUAACCCUCCCCAGCUGCCAGUCAGGCAAAUGAUGCCCCUUGCUUUGAUUCAUCCCAACAAUCUUGUCAUUACACAGCCAAACAUACAGGAGGCAGUGAAACCUUUAAUGCCUAAAGGACAGAAAGUAUCACUACAACUACAGUCACCUCCACAAGCUAUGUCACCGAUUCCUCCACCGGUAAUACAAGGGACACCUCCAGUGCAACCCAUUACAACCUCAAUGUCCACAUCACCAAGUGAAGAGGACUCCGACUGCGUCAGAUCUAUGAAACGCAUCCGCAAACCUACUGAGAAAGUCCAAGCCCUAAUGGAAGAAUCAAAAGCUAAAAGUAGCAAAAAAGUGUCACAGAAACAAAAAAAGGGCAAACACGCUGUUCCGACUGUUACAUUGCAGACGCAGCCAAUAAACUGGAUUCUUACCCCCACUGGUUUGGUACAAAUAACUGGCCCACUUUCUGCUAAUAUCCCAAGCAACCAGACACUGAUUGUGCCAAACAGUUCCCCCCUAAAUAACAGUACUUGUCCAUUUACCUCAACCAAUUUAUACCCAUUAUCAUCUGCCCCUAUUGUUGCUGCUGCUUCUGUCAGUCCAGCCCUUAUAAGUUCUUCUGUCUCAGAUGCCUCCAGCUAUACCCAAAAGACUUCCUCCUCUAUGAACAUUAGCCCCAGAGGUAAUAAGUCAGGCAUCCAGAUGCCUCCUUCAACUACUAGUUUAGUACAGAACCAAAGUAUGCCACAUAGUGUUCAGGGGUUGUCCCAAGCACCUACCAGUGUUGACCAGAAAAGUUCUAAUGUUGGAGCUACAAAGAACUCAUCAGACUCCUCCUCUGAUGAAGCGAUUGUAAGGCAAUAUAAAUCAUCUCCAUCAACUGUUCCCAGUGCAUCUCAUGCUGUUUUCAGUGUUAUUCCAGUUCCCUUGACUGUGCAAACUUUGACUAGUGGACCAACAAAUGAAGUGGCAAAGCCUUGUGGUGUUUCUGAAAAUGGCUGCUUUCCUGUGAAAACUAGUCAGCUGCCAACCAUCAUCCAACAGAACAGUUUACCCUUCACAAUAUUGAGCCCCUUUUGUGCUCCUGGAAGACCUCUCCAACCUCUGGGAGCACUUCAGAUUGCAGCUCCAUCCCCUCAGGUUGUAGCUUCAUCACUUUAUGUUGUUGCUCCAUCACCUCGUGUUGUUGCUGCAUCACCUAGUGUAGUAGCUUCACCACCUCGUGUUGUAGCUUCACCACCUCGUGUUGUAGCUCCACAGCCUCUUGUUGUAGCUCAGUCGCCUCGUGUUGUAGCUCCAUCACCUUGUGUAGUUGCUUCAUCACCUUGUGUAGUUGCUCCACCACCUAGUGUUGUUGCUUCAUCACCUUGUGUAGUUGCUCCAUCACCUCUUGUUGUAGCUCAGUCGCCUCGUGUUGUAGCUCCAUCACCUUGUGUAGUUGCUUCAUCACCUUGUGUAGUUGCUCCACCACCUAGUGUUGUUGCUUCAUCACCUUGUGUAGUUGCUCCAUCACCUCUUGUAGCUCAGUCGCCUCGUGUUGUAGCUCCAUCACCUAGUGUUGUUGCUCCAUCGCCUUGUGUAGUUGCUCCAUCGCCUUGUGUAGUUGCUCCAUCGCCUUGUGUAGUUGCUCCAUCACCUCGUGUAGUUGCUCCACCACCUCGUGUAGUUGCUCCACCACCUUGUGUUGUAGCGCCACUGCCUCAUGUUGUAGCUCAAUCGCCUCGUGUUGUAGCUCCAUCACCUAGUGUUGUUGCUUCAUCACCUUGUGUAGUUGCUCCAUCACCUCUUGUUGUAGCUCAGUCGCCUCGUGUUGUAGCUCCAUCACCUAGUGUUGUUGCUCCAUCGCCUUGUGUAGUUGCUCCAUCUCCUUGUGUAGUUGCUCCAUCACCUCGUGUAGUUGCUCCAUCACCUCGUGUAGUUGCUCCACCACCUCGUGUUGUAGCUCCACCGCCUCGUGUUGUAGCUCCAUCACCUAGUGUUGUUGCUUCAUCACCUUGUGUAGUUGCUCCAUCACCUCUUGUUGUAGCUCAGUCGCCUCAUGUUGUAGCUCCAUCACCUAGUGUUGUUGCUCCAUCGCCUUGUGUAGUUGCUCCAUCACCUCGUGUUGUAGCUCAAUUACCUCGCGUUGUAGCUCCAUCACCUCGCAUUGUAGCUCCACCAGUAGCACCUCAAAUCACAACUUUAAAUGAACCAUUGAUCCCUAUUUCUGAUCUUCCCUCUGAUGGUGUGAGCUUCGAUCCUCACUUGAUAUUUCCUGAGCAGUCAUCUGAAGUAGAUGACUGGAUAAAUGGGAAAGGUGGAAUACCGAUACCUCAUCUAGAGAUGUCUUUGCCUUACCUUCCACCAUCUGCUGCCAGCAUCAAAACACUGACUUGUUUGCUCAAAGCUAAACAAUCUCUGCUUACAUCUGCAGUGAAAAAACUGCCAGUUGAGUAUCAAAAUGGCAUGGGAGAAGAAGCUCAAGUAGCUGCCAUCCGCAAAAUGAUUGCAGAAAGGUUUGCCUCUAAUCCAGCGUACCUGCUUUUCAAGGCUCGUUUCUUGUCAUGCUUUACCUUACCAGCCAUUUUGGCCACUAUAAACCCAUCUGAGAAAUGUCAGUCAGAUAACACUAGUGAUGAAGAUGAGGACUUACAUUUACUACAGAGGAAAAAAAGUGUUAAGCCUGCAAGGAUUGAGCUUAACAUGAAUGAAAACGAAGCAUCAGCAAAACAGUUCUCAGGAAUCAGUACAAAAAGGCAAAAGAGUCGACGUCAAGUUACAUAAGAUUCAUCAGUUGUUUAAUGUCCAUACCAUGCUAUAGCAAUGAAGUGCUAAUGGCUUUAGAUUCUGUUCAAUCUAACUUUUUAUUAGUUUAAGGGACCAGUAUGUGUUCAUUGUACUGAAUUUUUUUUUUUUUACUCCAUCCAUAUGUUUUGUUGUAAGAACAUGUGUCCUCGCAAUUUUCUUUGGGGAAAAAAGACAGCGUUUUGCACUGAAUUAUUGUAAUUGUUCUUAAAAUAUUUUAUACUUUUGUUUUGCUGCUGUUGUUUUUUGAAUAAAAUAUUUGGAAUUGUGAAA